AUCCCUUAUUUCCCAGAAGAAAAUAUAUCACAGACCACUUUUCAAGUAAUUUCAUUCAGUAGUUUCUAGUGCUUGUGUGUUCAGAACUUGAGAACAACUCAGCAUUAAAAGUUCACAUUCUUUCAUAAAAGACAAAAUACAUUUGACAAAAAACCUCUAUAAAAUCCAAGAUUAAAAAAUGGAACACCCAUUUUGUAGGUUUUGAUCCAACUAAAGUUGGUUGUGACCAAGACCUAUUAAAAUUAAUAGGGCAGACAGCCCCACUGUUUUCAUUGGGUCAGUUAUAAUUAACAUUAGCAGCAUGGGAACAGAUUAUUUCUCACAAAUUACUUCAUUUUAAAAUAUAUAUAUAGAAAAGAUUAAGAGAUUUUUUUCUAUUAAUUUUAAAUAGGCAAGUACAGACAAAUAAAUUAGAAUCUUUUUCUAUUCAAGUCAAAUGCGAAAGUAGAAAUAAAUUAUUAAAAAUCAAGUGGGAAAACCCUUGCAGAGUUCACAAAGCAAUUCCAUAAGCCUAAAACACAGAAACAAUGGUAAAAGUAUUCACUAGUCAUAUUUAGUUCUGAAACAGUGCAGAAGAAACAGGUUUGAUAGUCAAAUGCUCCCCACACUAAAUGCAAAUAUUUCUCUUGUUCAGGCCAAUAAACCAUAUUAAGACACCUUUACUUCACAGAAUGUCUAUGUGUCUAAAACACUUGAUUAGAGAUCAAAAAUAAUUUUUAAAAAUUUAUAGUGUUCUUGGAUAAUUGGGGGGCAGGGGAAUCAAUAGCUUGGUUUCAUUGCUUUGGCAGAUGGAUUUGAUGCACCCUAGAAUUCCAACAUGUAAACAACUUAACUUUGUCAGUUAAAACUUUAAGGGAGAUAUGCAACCAAGUAAUCCUCAGAUCCAAUGACGUUAGUGUGCUUAAUGUACACAAUAGUGGAUCUAGUCUGAAUAUGACUCAGUUGGAUACCAUCUAUAGUUUUAAGGCACUUGAGAAUCUGUUGUAUAAAUGGAUUCAGAUGCAUCUAAGUCACAUUAAGGCAAUCCUUAAACACUGAGAUUAAUAAUCUGACAUGCUAUAAUUGUUGGUAGAGGCAAAUAGUGAUCUGGCGCCUAUUCACUCAAAAGUAAGCUCCACCAGAAUCUGGGGUGAGCCGAGAGGCAGUUUGGGGGUCGAUGCUGGAGCUGGUAGGAAGCAAUUGGUGAGUAAACAGCAGGAUGGCUGCCACUUUUGCUGCUCGGUACAAAAAGGACCUAAGUACGGAGACCUUGAAGGCAAAACUUGUCCACCAAAAGUCCAUUUCCCGAAAGAGCAGACACAAGGAGUUUAAUAAAGGCAGGCAGUUUGGACUCAUUGAUGUCAAUGCACAGGCAUCAAGAAAUGGUGAGCCUCCACUGCUGGAGGAGACAGGUGAAGGGUACUUACUAAGGAGCAGCACAAAGUCAAGCCAAAAAUCAAGCGUUUCAGCUAAGUCUCAUGCCUUCCCUGCCUUCCUUUCAAAAUCAACAAAUAUACCGGUGCUUAACAAGCCAAAGGAGACGGUAACAAAAGGAGCAAGUGUGGAAAUGCGGUUAACAAGGUCAAAGAUGAAGAACCAAUUGCAAGAAUCAGUCAGACCAUUAGCUAGACCACCGCAUUCAGUGAUGGUACCUAGCAAGGACUCCACUCUGCAAACAGAUCAGCAUAACCAGAGGCAGAUCUUCGUAGAGAAACCCCCCAAAGAGAGGAAAGGGGCACAGCCUACAACUUCCACAACUGCCGCUGGAAGAGUUACAGGAGCCACAGCUGCUGCUCUGACCAAAAUAUCACAGAUAUCCCGUCCUGCUGUGAAUGUAGGUCUUCCGCUGCAGAAAAGCGAAACAAGGAACAGAAAACAGCAGCAGAGAGGGGUCAAAAAUGCAAAGGAAACAGUGUUGUGUGGCAUGAAAGAGAACCAUUCAGUGGAGCCUCUUAAAGAAGGUGUGAUCACCCAAAUCCCUUUGGAUACAGCCACAGAGCUAGGAAAAGAUAACCUUCCAGCCCCUAUCAUCCUGGCUCUUGCACCACAAAGGAGAGAGCGCUCAUUUGCCCCUGAGAAUUUUGUGUUCAAGCCUCCGGAGGGUUUGACCACCUACAAAGUCAAGCCAAUGUCAGAUGUGUUCCUGUCGCCCAAUCUUUGCUGGAGCCCUGCAAAAGACCACCAGCAAAGUCCCUGGAGAAGGUGCUCUGGAAGUUUUGCCACAGGGCUGUGGGCUUAAACAGAAGGUCUCUAGCCCAGGAAUAACAAAGGCAGUUCUUCCGGAACAUCCAUCUGUACUUGAAUUUCCAGGUGCUAACACAGAAUGUCUAACUAAACAAUGGAUGCUACUCCCUUUGAAAAGCAGAUCAAUCCACAGAAAGUGGACCUACCAGCAAGUGAUUCAUCUGACCCAGCAGGAGAACCACAACAAAACUGAAUCACUCAGGUCCUUCCCAGGUUCUCUUCUCAGUGACUUCUCCUGCGAUGGUGCAGUGCUUGAGCUUCAGCCCAAACUGGAUGGCAGCCUCUUCAUCACUCUGAGGAACGAGGCGGAGAAAUUUGUGGCCAACCCAAGCAACGACCUCAUUGUUUUCUCUCCCCUUACUUAAUCAGAAGGGGCAAA